AUGAGUGGUAGUGGUGUGGUGUUUGAGAGCAUGGCAUCCACUCUUCUCUUCAGCACCUUUGAGGUCUCCAGACAAGCCUUCUUUCGAACGGCGACUACUGCAGCCAUUGUUAACCUAAAGCCAUUGGUUCCUGGUCAUGUUCUUGUUAUACCGACUAGAGUAGUAUCUAGGGUCAGCGAUCUUACAAAUGACGAGGUAUCGUCGCUGUUUUCUGCGGUUCAGACGGUCGGAAAGGAUCUAUAUAUCUCUGAUCAAAAUCUUUAUAACUACAGGAUGGCCAAGCUGCAGGCCAGAGACAAAUUCUCUAACAAUGACGACGUAUACCCAGAGUUGGAGACCCAUGAGCAGAGGAUGCAUAAAGACAUGACACAUUUGUCGAAGAAGGAUGGGCACGAAACGGGCACUCCCAGCUCAGAAUCCUCAGUGUCGUCUGAUAGGAGCACUUUUCGGGUGGAUAACGAGAGCAGAAAACCUCGGACUAUGCAAGAGAUGGAGGAAGAGGCAAAUUGGUUAAAGUCACUCAUGCCCACGGAAGACGCCAAUUAG